UGCGACUUCAGAGUAUCGGCGGCUCUGCUUUCCUUUCCUCAUCCUCUGGAUCUAUUCUCCGACGCCCCCUUUCCCACCGCCACCGCCGCCACCCUCUCUCUCCUCUGGUUGUACAAUCGCUGAGGAGAUUGAAAAACGUAAGAAGGAAUGAAGGACGACGAUGCGCCAAAGAAGGAGAUGGACGGAUCUCUCUUCGGCAAGAACAGGUAUAAGCUCUGGGCAGUCGUGGCCAUCCUCCUCCUCGCCUUCUGGUCCAUGUUCGCCGGCACCGUCACACUUAAAUGGUCCGCCGGAAACCUGAUGCGCUUCUCUUCCGACGGCUUCGACGGCCCCAUCCAGGACGACCUCGACGUGUUGGAAGUAGAGGAGAGGGAGAAGGUGGUGCGGCACAUGUGGGACGUGUACACGCACAACAAGCGGAUCAAGCUGCCCCGCUUCUGGGAGGAGGCCUUCGAGGCGGCCUACGAGGAGCUCGACAGCGACUCUCCGGACGUCAGGGACUCGGCCAUCUCCGAGAUCGCCAAGAUGUCAUUCAGGAUGCUCGGCCUCGACCACACAGCACCUCGCCACACCAACUCGAAAUCGGAAGGUGGGAAGUCGAAGAAAGAGAAGAACAAGGGGAAAUCGAGCGCUUCAUUGUCGGGGGCUGCGAAGGGGAGGAGGCGUUUACGGUGAUCGUCGUAGGAGCGCAUUUGAGAGAAGAAAAAUCUCUGCAAAGGCUUGUUUGGCUGUAAUUUUGUUGGUGACUUGCUCUUAUAUGUAAACGGGAUUGGCGUUCAACACCGUGAUUUUCCUUUCUUUUCGUUUCCUCUCUCUUCCCCACGCUCCUUUCCGUGUUAACAAUCGACAGGACAGGAGACUGAUAUGUUUGUUCCUCAUAUCAUUUGGGAUUACAGAAAAGAGUGCUUUUUAUGCCAUCAGAAAAUUUCCACCA